AUGUUUAUUUUAACUGGAUUUUUAAUAACAAUUUUUUUUUACAACGUUUCAGGUCAAAAUUUUCAAUGUCCCGAAUUGGGAGUUUUUACUUAUCCAGAUCCAGGAUUAUGCGAUCAUUUUUAUCUUUGCGUUAAUGGUACAUUAACAUACGAACAAUGUGAAAAUGGUUUGUUAUUCGACGGAACCGGAAACGUACACAAUCAUUGUAAUUAUAAUUGGGCAGUAAAUUGUGGAGAUCGUAAACCUGAUUACACUCCGAUAAGUUCACCCGGUUGCGAAUAUCAAUUUGGAAUUUAUCCCAUCGGACAAGAAUGUAAUACUAAUUUCGUUAAAUGUGAAUUUGGUGUCCCUCUUCCAGAACCCUGUCUUCCAGGUUUAGUUUACGACGAAAGAAUUCACACUUGUAAUUGGCCUGAUAUGUUGUUGGAAAAAUGCAAUCCGGAGGAAAUAAUUGGUUUUAAAUGUCCGACAAACGUACCAGAAGAUUCUGUCGCAGCGAGAUAUUGGCCGUUUCCAAGAUUUCCAGUACCUGGUGAUUGUGGUAGAUUGAUAACAUGCGUCAACGGUUAUCCUCGUCUUAUCACUUGCGGAGAUGGUAACGUUUAUGAUGAAACAACCGGAUUAUGUUCGAGUCCGGAACACGUACCUCAUUGGUAA